AUGUCCUCGUCACCGCCUGCAGAUCAUGACCGUCACACAAUCGACCCAGCGGAGCCCUUGAGAGGCUUCGUCCUCUGCUGCACUAGUAUCCCGCCCGAGCAGAGAACCGACAUCGGGAACAAGGUUGCAGAACUUGGGGGCAUACACAAAUACGACCUCACCCCUGACUGCACGCACCUAAUCGUCGGUAAUUAUGACACUCCAAAGUACCGCCAUGUCGCGCGAGAACGCCCCGACGUCAAGGCCAUGGACGCCGCUUGGAUCGAGGCACUGUCGGAGCUUUGGCGAAACGACGACGAGAUCGAUUUCUGGGCCCUCGAGAAGGAAUACCAGCUGAAGGCUCUGGAAAGAUGCGGUGCCAGUCUCUCCUCGCCCGAGGCUCGCCAAUCACUCCUGGUGUGCCUGACUGGCUUCGGCGAGCAGCGCGAUAAAAUCGCCGAGACUAUAACUGCGAACGGGGGGCGCUACACGGGCGAUCUCACGCGGAAGUGCUCCCAUCUCAUCGUGAGCAAACCCGAGGGCAAGAAGUUUUCCGCCGCCAAGUCGUGGGGCGUCUACACCGUCACGCUGGCCUGGCUCGACCAGACCAUUGAGCGCGGCAUGAUACUGGACGAGGAAAAGUUUGAUCCUUUGCUGCCUGCAGAGGAGCAGGGCGUUGGCGCAUGGAUCAAGAAGGACCUCAAACGUACCUCGCUUGGUAAGAGGUCGAGGUCGGGAACGGCAAACCCCGGAGAGGACGGCGGCAGAAAGCUGCGCAAGACAGCUAGCAUGAAGCUCAAUUCGCAGCGAAACAGUAUCUGGGGCGAUAUCCUGGGGCGCUCAACCUCGCGCGAGUAUUCCUUUGCCAAGGAAUCUCCGGUAGAUGAGCCGACUCAAGACGCCACACACAGCGAUCUAGCCGUUGGGAGAGACGAAUCUGCUGGCAUAUUCUCCAACUGCAUCUUCACGACACACGGUUGCGACGAGGCGAGACAGAGAGUCCUGGAGGAGAGCAUAGUCCCUCUUGGAGGUUUGAUGGUCCGCACUCUCGACGAAGUCGUGUCCUAUCCCGCGCCGGCGCAGCCCUUCUACCGUUUCCUCGUUGUUCCACAGCUCUCGCAACCCGACACCCACCCUCAAGUUCCGGCCGACAAGGUCCACGUUGUUACACAGUACUACAUCGAGCGUUGCCUGCAUAGCAAGAGCUUCCUCCACCCGAACAGCAGCGUGUUCGGACGACCGUUCCCGCGGUACCCAAUCCCGGGGUUCUCAGACCUCACGAUAUGCAGCUCGUCGUUCACAGGGAUCGAGCUCAACCAAGUCGCUCGAAGCGUGGCGCAGCUUGGUGCCAAAUACGACGAGGAGUUUAAACGAACGACGAGCUUGGUCCUCUGCAGGUCGCUGCCUGCCAUGCGCAAGGACAAGCGCAACUUCGCCCUGGAAUGGGGUGUGCCGGUCGUGUCUCUGGACUGGCUCGUCGAGUGCAUUAGCACCGGCUACAACGUCCCCAUCGACGACUACAUCUUUCCAGAGUUUAAAGACGCGUAUGCUUCAAGGAGGCGCGGAGACAGGCGACAAACCAGCAAGAAGCCGGGGAGAACAUCACAGUCGCGUCCGUCCGAGCCCACGCCUACAGUGGUCAAGCCGGAUACGCCGGCGCUGCCCAGAGGCCAAGGGGUGGAUUCCACCGGCUUCGAGCGCGACUCCGACGAGAAGAGCGACAGCUCCAAGUCGAUUCCCGCGGUGAAGCAAGAGGACACUUACACGUCGGCGGACUUCAUGACGGCUAGGAGCCGGCCCGUGGACACCUUUGCCAGGGACUCGGACGCCCCUCUGAGCGAGCUGUCCUCGGCGUCCGUCAACAAAUCCCCAUCGCCCCCGAAAAUCGCAGGCGGUGCGGCAACCCGCACGCGCUCCGAGCCGUCAAAGAAGCAGGCAGCGGUGGACAAACCAGCGCGAGCUAGCCGACUUCCCUCCGCGCCUCCCGUCGAUCCAAUCGGGGAGACAUGGAAGGAUGCAGACGCAGACAGGACGCCCCGUGAGCCCAUGGCCAAGCCAACCCGCACGCGCUCCGAGCCGUCGACCAAGGAGGCAGACGAAGACGAACCAACACGAGCCCACCGCGGACCUUCAGCGCCUCCCGUCGACCCAGGCGUCGAGACGAGGAAGAAUCCACAGGCAGACAGGGACACUCUCAAGGCAGAAGAGGAAGCCAGGAAAAAGGCCAAGGCAGCAGAGCGCCAAGCCCUCGCCUCGACCAUCAACUCCAUCCUCUGCUCAACCACCUCCGUCGCCGACGCAGACCGUCCCGGCGCACACACGCAGGCCCCGCCGUCACGCAUCCGUACCCGCCGCAUCCUCGGCCGCGCCAUCAGCAACGUCUCCAACGCCAGCAGCGCCGCCAGCGUUGACGGCCCCGGCGGCCCCGGUGGUGGCAGCAACGGCGCAACGCGGCCCGCCCCCGAAACCCUCCGGGCAAUCGCCGCACCCCCCGUCGGCGACGCAGAUGCAGACGACGACGAUGUCGACGGCGCACGCGACGCGCAGCCCCCGCCCGCCACGCAGCUCGAGUACGGAGACGACGAGGCGCGCGGCCACAAGCAGGCCCUCAUGGACCGAAUGCGCGGCGGCGGCAGCGGAGGCGACGCCCUGAAGGCCGCCUCCGCACCAGCCGCCGUCGCCGCCAUGGUUGGCGGACCAGUUGUCGCAGAAGGGCCCGCGAGUUCAGGACGUAGAGCGCUCCGGAAGCGGUGA